AUGUGCGAGCUCUUCAUUAUGAGUCCCCUACAAUCAACAGCUUCCGACAUUUUGAUUGAGCCUCGAGCUGUAGAUGAAAGCCGACCCUUGCGGAUUGUUGUCAUCGGGGCUGGCAUUUCGGGCAUUCUCGCCUUCAUUCGCCUGAACCAGAGAGUGCCGAAUCUUGAUCUUUGCAUUUAUGACAAGAAUGCUGAUAUUGGAGGAACUUGGUUAGAGGCCAAUGUGAUCAUUCAGGCUACGGGCGCACUCAACAACCGGAGAUGGCCCAACAUCCCUGGCUUGCAUGACUUUGGGGGGAAACUACUACAUAGUGCAUCGUGGGAUGUUGACUAUGAUCACUCGCUCAAGUGGUAUUCGAUUCAAAUUGUGCUGGGAAUGCUGCAACAGGUAGCUCAUAUUGACCACUAUGUUCGCAGUCGAACAUGGAUUGCUCCUCGCUUUGCGAGAGAAUAUCUAGAGCAGCGUGGCUCCGAGCUUGACAAUUGUGAGGAAGUCCUCCAUCGACGCUCGGGUGUUGUGAGCUUGCUCAUCGAUUCGGACUCAUUUCUCAUAGACACUUUUACUGCUGAAGAGAUCAAGUCGUUUGAAACUGAUCAUCAGGAUUUCGGAAGAAUUAAAUCAGAAAUUACCAAGAUUGAUCGGUCAGGUAUUGUUAUAGCAGAUGGUGAACACCGAGAGGUCGAUGCCAUUGUUUGUGCAACCGAGUUCGAUACUACCCACACUCCGCACUUUCCAAUCACAGGACGAGCAGGAAUGACACUGGCGACACGAUGGAAGCAGAUCCCCGAAAUUUAUCUUUCGGUGGCUGUGAAUGGGUUCCCCAAUUAUUACACUUCCUGGGGGUCCAAUACUGGACUGGACGGCGGCAACUUGCUCAUUCUCAUCGAGCGCCAGAUUGACAAUUUCACGCAAUGCAUCCGAAAGGUCCAGCGUGACAAUAUUCGCGCGCUCUCGAUGAAAGCUAACGCGGUGCACCUGUUCACUCAGUACUGUGACUCGUGCUUCGCGGGCACCGUGAUCUUCCCUCAUGCGAUUGAGGUCGUCGCGAGUCCUCGAUGGGAGGACUUUGACAUUGAGUAUGUCAACAACAACCCAAUGAGCUGGUUUGGAGACGGCUGGACGCAGAAUGAAAAACUUGAUCAGAUCAACGUCGAUUACUUGGACGAUGAUCGAGUGGACUUUCCACAACCGGCCGAAAUAAUGCAUUCUGUCAACAUCCUGUGA